CGGGGAGUUAAAGGAAACAAAGGCGAACGCCCCGCGCGCCCCGCUCCCGCCGGCUGCCCGAGCCGCCCCGGCUGAGGGGAUUGUCGGGAGCCGCCCGCUUCCCAUUGGCUCCGCCGCCGCCGCAUUUGCAUACCGCCGUCUAUUAAAGGCGGCGCGGAGGCGCGGACGGGCGCAGACGGCGGUGGAGGGUGUGCGGAGUCGUGUGUAGUGCCCGCGCAGCGCCGCGUUCUCCCCUUCGGUCCCGCGCAGGUGCCAUGAGCCCCCUGCGGCUGCUGGCCGCCGGCUGCCUGCUGGCUCUGUCCCACUGCAAGACGGUGCGCUACCGCACCGACGAGGAGGGCGCGCCGGGCACGGUGAUCGGCACGCUGGCCGACGAGAUGCCGGUGAAGGCUCCGGGGGAGAUGAGCUUCCGACUGAUGCGGCAGUUCAGCAACAGCUCGUUGGUGCGGGUGCGGGAGGAGGACGGGCAGCUGAGCAUCGGCGAGGCGGGGCUGGACCGGGAGCGGCUGUGCGGGCAGGCCCCGCAGUGCGUGCUGGCCUUCGACGUGGUGAGCUGCUGGCGGGAGCGCUACCGCCUGGUGCACGUGGAGCUGGAGGUGCGCGACAUCAACGACAAUGCGCCGCACUUCCCCCGUGCCCAGAUGGCGCUGGAGGUGUCGGAGAGCGCUGCGCCUGGCACUCGCCUCCCACUGGAGGUGGCCGUGGACGAGGACGUGGGCUCCAACUCCAUCCAGAGCUUCCAGGUCUCCCUCAACAGUCACUUCGGCGUAGAGGCGCAGACACGGGCGGAUGGGGCGCGCUGCGCAGACCUGGUGCUGCUGCAGGAGCUGGACCGUGAGCGCCAGCCUUCCUACACCCUGGAGCUGGUGGCCAAGGAUGGCGGCAGCCCCGCACGCUCAGGCACAGCCACCGUACACGUCCGUGUCCUUGAUGCCAACGACAACAGCCCUACUUUUGCCCGGAGCUCGGUGACAGUGGAGCUGCCCGAAGACGCGCCGCCCGGCUCCCUGCUACUUGACCUGGAUGCCGAGGAUCCCGACGAGGGCCCCAAUGGGGAGGUGGUCUACGCCUUUGGCAGUCAGGUGCCCCCUGAGGCACGGCGGCUCUUCCGCCUGGACCCGCGCUCCGGCCGCCUGACGCUGGAGGCCGCUGUGGACUAUGAGCGUACCCGCACCUACGAGCUGGACGUGCGGGCCCAGGAUCGUGGUGCCAGUCCCCGGGCCGCGACCUGCACUGUCGUGGUGCGCCUUACCGAUGUCAACGACAACGCGCCACGCAUCAGUAUCAGCGCCCUGCGUGGUGCGGGCAGUGCCGCCGGCGUGGCCUACGUCAGCGAGGCGGCUGCCAGUGAGAGCUUCGUGGCCCUCGUCAGCGCUUCUGACCGCGACUCUGGCACCAAUGGGCAGGUGCGCUGCAGCCUCCGUGGCCACGACCACUUUGCCCUGCAGCGGGCCUACGAGGACAGCUACAUGAUUGUCACCACGGCAGCGCUGGAUCGCGAGCGCAUCCCUGAGUACAAUCUCACCGUGGUGGCCGAAGACCUGGGCUCCCCGCCCUUCAAGACCGUCCGCCAGUACACGGUGCGGGUGAGCGACGAGAAUGACAACGCACCGCUCUUCGCCAAGCCCCUCUAUGAGGUGGCUGUGCCAGAGAACAACCCGCCAGGCGCCUACAUCACCACCGUGGUGGCCCGUGACCCUGAUCUUGGCCACAAUGGGAAGGUCACCUACCGGCUGCUGGAGACCCAAGUCAUGGGGGCCCCAAUCUCUACCUACGUCUCGGUGGACCCCGCCACCGGGGCCAUCUAUGCCCUCAGAACGUUCAACUAUGAGAUCCUCAAGCAGCUGGACCUGAGGAUCCAGGCCACUGAUGGAGGCUCCCCACAGCUCUCCAGCAGCACCCUUGUCAAGGUGAGGAUGGUGGACCAGAACGACAACCCUCCAAUCAUCAUCCACCCAGUGCUCACCAAUGGGUCGGUGGAAAUCAGUGUCUCCAGCAAGACCUCCCGUGAUGCCGUGGUGGCCCAGAUCAAAGCUCGCGAUGCAGAUGAUGGGGCCAACGCUGAGCUUACCUUUGCCUUCCUGGAAGAACCCCAGCAGGACCUUUUUGUCAUCAACCCAAGCACUGGGGACAUCGUGCUGAGGGGUGACCUCUCUGAAGAGCUGGGGCAGCUGUUCAAGGUCAUCCUCACUGUGACAGACAAUGGAAGGCCCCCUCUUGCCACAACUGCCACUGUCAACUUCCUGGUGACCGCCACCGCUCCUUCCAGCAUCCAGGAGGUAGCCAAGCCCAGCUCCUGGCAAGGGAAGGCCUUGCAGUGGGACAUCCCUCUGAUCGUGAUCAUCGUCCUGGCGGGCAGCUGCACCCUCCUCCUGGUGGCCAUCAUCACCAUCGCCACCACCUGCAACAGGCGCAAGAAAGGGAACGAGAUCAAAAACAACAGUCCCCUGAAGGAGCAAAUCGACAUCUCCCACCUGGAGAAGGGCCGGCAGGAGGACAGCAGCCAGAGGGGAAACAUGUUCGAGGUACGAACUUUCCCCAGCAAAACCUCUUUCAGCGGCCCCGACCCUUCUCCAGCAGCUGAGGAGAUAUCCACCGCGGAGAGCAGCAGUGACAGCGCCUGCCUCUACGAGGGUCAGAAGCGGCUCAGAGGAGCCGGAGGGGAGCAGGGUUUCACUGCCGCUCCGAGCUUUGGCAAAGAGCCCGCUCCCCCCGUGGCCAUUUGGAAGGGGCACUCCUUCAACACCAUCUCGGGCCGGGAGGCAGAGAAGUUCAGCGGCAAGGACAGCGGCAAAGGCGACAGUGAUUUCAACGACAGCGACUCGGACAUCAGCGGGGAUGCCCUGAAGAAGGACCUCAUCACACACAUGCAGAACGGUCUGUGGGCUUGUACAGCCGAGUGCAAGAUCCUGGGCCACUCAGACCGCUGCUGGAGCCCCUCCUGUGGCCGAGCCAACCCACACCCCUCUCCCCACCCCCCGGCGCCCCUCUCCACUUUCUGCAAAAGCACGUCCUUGCCUCGGGAUCCCCUCCGCAGGGACAACUUUUACCAGGCCCAGCUGCCAAAGACGGUGGGGCUGCAGAGCGUCUACGAGAAGGUGUUGCACAGGGACUUUGACCGGACGAUCACGCUGCUGUCCCCUCCACGUCCCGCGCGGCUCCCUGACCUCCAGGAGAUCGGGGUGCCCCUCUACCCAGCCCCCUCAACCAGAUUCCUGGGCCCCCAGACUGAUGCCACCGAGAAAGCAUAACCCCCCCAGCUCCAUCCACACGUCCCCACGCGCACACGCUCCCGGGAGCCUUUAAGUUAUUGACCAGACCCGGUGUUGUACGUGUAAAUAUGCAAGAUGUGCCUUAAAACAUGAAGGUGUUGGGAAAGAGUUCCAAUCGGUACUGUUUGGUAUUUGCAAACAACGACAACAAAAAAAUUGUUUGUAGUUCAUGUAAUUUUUAUGAAAGGUGCAGUAUUUAAUUUUUUUCCUUUUGUUUUCUACAUUGUUUUCUUUGCGUUUGGUUUGCCCGUGGCCUGCCAUUUUUUGUAGUGUUUUUAACCUGUACAGUGUGUAAUGUAAUGUUUGUACAUAAUGAAAAUUGGUUAUAUUUUUAUAUAAUAAAAGCUUAAAAAAUGGGAAUUCUUGCCAAAGGAACUGUCUGAGAGACACAAUAGUAAUUAAUAAUAUCCUGAAUAUGUAGAAUCUUGUAAGGGAAAUUCCUCUUUCAUAGUGUAAUAAUAACCCAAGCAGCACAGUGUAUGGAGACGUUUGCCUUGCCAAAUGUGACUUGUAUCUCUUGAAUCUGUGGUCAGUUUAAAGUUUAAAUGUUAUUUAAUUGCCUUUGGUUCCUGUAAUCUGUGUCACUGAUAAACACUAAUAAAGGUUUUGUGAUGUGUUGGA